AUGUAUUCUAGUGAAAUUGAGCCACAAAACGUACGAUCGGUUAUUGAAAGUACUAAUGGGCGGUCUUCACAAAGGAGAACGGGUAGUGGCAACGCAUCCGCCUCUUCACGUUUAUUCAUGAACGCGGUAAAGGAUGCAAGUAGAGGUUCUAGAGGGGCAGGAGAAAAACAUGAAGAAAAUGGUACAGAUAGAAUAACUAAGCGUGCUUACAGCCCAGGAAUGGAUCAAUCUAAAGACGAUCUAAAGACCAAAGCUCGAAAAGUUGAGAGUGAAUCACGUAUAGACAAACAUCGUGUGUACGAGUCAGAUUAUUCUCAUGAUAAAACUUCUCGUAUAAAAACUGAACGACAGUCAGGUGAUCAAGGGCUAUUUAAUGUUUUACAAGAACACGAGCACAGUAGAUAUAUUAGUGAACGACGCUCUUCACAACAGAUUCAACAACCGAGGAGCGUUUUAGAUCGGUUAGGAAAAAAAGGGGGUUUAAUGACUGCUUACAUCAAUCCUGCUUUUAUUCAAAAUUCCAAUGCCAGCUCUAUACCUGCACAAUCAAAUAGUAAUAUUACAUUAACGUCUAAAGUUUCUCGCUGCCGUCAUUGGCCUAAUUGUGAUCUUGGAGCCCAAUGUAAAUUUCAUCAUCCAACAGAAAUUUGUCCUAUGGUUCCUAAUUGCCCAAAUUCACCACGAACUUGCUUAUACAUUCAUCCCGCAAGUCAAGAUUUUAACACAUAUGAACAACGUGGUUUGUAUAGACAAAAUUCAUUUGUCAAUGGUACAAAUGGGCAGGCAGCCUUUGGAAGUCGAUCGAUUGAUUCAAGUUCAUUCGGGUUCGGUCCAAUUGGGCAAGACCCAAUGAAUAAUUUCAUAGUUGGACAGAGCGCGGGGGGAUUUAACGGAAUGGGGCAAGGUGUAUUCGGUAAUAAUUCAAACGGUCAAAACAAUGGUUCAUUUGUAACCGGUUUAUAUGGACAAAAUUCUCUCAAACAAAGUACGUCUCAUAAUGUUGCAUCUGUACAAGCUUUGAAUAUUCAAGGUCAGCGUGAUGCAGGGCAGAAACUGAAAUCUGAUGCAGGAUCUGUAAAUUCAACAACUUCUAUCACAGCAACGGUUAAUACGAGUACUUCAACCACUACUAAUAAUAUUCCUACAGGGAUACCUUCAUCUCAAGAUAUGGAUAUUACAAGUUCUCAAGCUAUUGCAGUUUUAUGCAAGUAUGGUGAACAUUGUGCAAAUCCUAAUUGCAUGUAUGCACAUUCUAGUCCUGCGGCUGUUGGGACUGGGACAAUACCAACAUCUCUAUUGGAUGUUCCUUGCAAAUUCGGAGCUAAAUGCGUGAAUCCAAAGUGCCAUUAUUCACAUCCAUCCCCUGCCAAUUUGAUUGCUCAAGAACCUUGCAAAUUUUACCCUAAUUGCCAAAAUCCUAUGUGUCCAUAUUUGCAUGUUGGUAAUAGACCUAAUUGCGCAUAUUCACAUCCAACUGGAAAAAGUGAAACCACACAAAACAUUUCUGAACGUACUUUUGUAUCUGUACCUGAUGAAAUGACUGAGAAAAUUAUUCCAACAAAGGACAAUAAUAAUGAUGAGUCAUUGCAGAUCGAUAAAAUUAAAGAGAAUGGAGAACGAUUGGAAGAUGGUAACAAUCAUAAGGAAAACGGAGUUGAUAAUGAAGUUACACAAAAUAAAGAGACUGAAGUAGUACAUUCCGAACCAAAUACUAAAUUAUCGCCGGAUAGAAGUACAACUCUUAAGGUUGCCAUAAAAAAUGUUGCUUGUCAUUUGCAAACAUAA